UGCUAAAAGCUCUUAGGCUAUGGGUUGGAUUGUGUAUUACCUUAUCCUAUCUCCAAAAAAAUAAAACCCCUCUUUAUUUUUCUCCUAUUUCUCUCUUUUCCUAUAUCCUCUUAGUUAUACUCUCAAGAACAACAAAGUGAAAAAACAAAACAAAAAAAAAAAUCAUAGUCUUAUUCUUUCCCUUACCUUAAUUUUUCAUUCAUAAUAUUCUUCUUAUCUUGCUUCUUUUAAGUUCUCUUCUACUAAUAAAAAGCUUCCAUUUGCAUUUUCUUGAUAUAUAUGAAAAUGGAUUUUCAUUAUUCUUAUUCCUCAUGUGAAUAUAUGGGAAUUUGAAAUUCUUUGUGUAUUGCUAGUGUUAUUCAUUUGUGUAAGAUUUUAUUGGAAAAGAAUUCGAACACGCCGCGUUUUACUGGGAAGUUUGAGGAAGAGAAAUAAUGGCUCCUAAAACUGGAAAAAAUAAGCCACACAAAGUUAAGGGGGAGAAGAAGAAGAAAGAAGAGAAAGUUUUGCCAAACGUUAUAGAGAUAACGGUGGGAACACCUGAAGAUUCGCAAGUGUUGCUUAAGGGAAUAUCAACGGACAAGAUCUUAGAUGUGAGAAAGCUCUUAGCCGUCAAUGUGGAGACAUGUCACGUGACCAAUUACUCCUUGUCACAUGAGGGACAGGUGCGAGGAACAAGGCUAAAAGAUACAGUGGAGAUUGUUUCGCUCAAACCGUGCCACCUCAGCCUGGUCGAAGAGGAUUAUACAGAAGAACAAUCAGUGGCUCAUAUUAGAAGACUUCUGGACAUAGUGGCCUGCACCACUUCUUUCGGCGGUUCAUCUUCUUCACCCAAACCGACCGGCCGAACCGGUUCAACCGAACCCGGUCCAGAAAAUGCCGAAUCAAAAUCAAGCAAGCCCAAAAGCCAGGAACCGAAAAAGGCGGCCGGUUCACCUAAGGCCAAGCCGUCGAAACCAGAUGCCACCGCCGUAUGCGGCGGCGAAGACGCCGGCGACUCGGCGGAGAAAGGCGACCCAGCAAUGAUGUGUCCCCCACCCCGGUUGGGACAGUUUUAUGACUUUUUCUCCUUUGCUCAUCUCACCCCUCCAAUCCAAUAUAUUAGGAGAUCAAGUCGACCAUUCCUUGAGGAUAAAACAGAAGAUGAUUUUUUCCAAAUAGAUGUCCGGAUUUGCAGUGGCAAGCCAACAACCAUUGUUGCUUCUCAGACGGGUUUCUAUCCUGCUGGAAAACGCGCUCUUUUGUGUCACUCUUUGGUUGGAUUAUUGCAACAAUUAAGUCGAGUUUUUGAUGCUGCAUACAAGGCUCUCAUGAAAGCUUUCACCGAGCACAAUAAGUUUGGGAACCUUCCUUAUGGUUUUCGAGCGAACACAUGGGUUGUCCCUCCGUUUGUUACUGACAAUCCAGCUACUUUUCCUCCACUUCCGAUGGAAGAUGAGAAUUGGGGAGGAAAUGGAGGUGGACAAGGAAGAGAUGGCAAACAUGAUCAUAGGCCAUGGGCAAAGGAAUUUGCUAUUCUUGCAGCUAUGCCUUGUAAAACGGCGGAAGAAAGGCAAAUACGAGAUAGGAAAGCGUUUUUACUUCACAGUCUAUUCGUCGAUGUGUCAGUUCUCAAAGCUGUUGCUGCCAUAAAGCAUCUAGCGGACAACAGCCAAAAUGGAACAAAUCAGUCCAGUUCAUACGAGGAAAGAAUUGGAGAUCUUCUAAUCAGUGUGACAAAAGACAUCUCAGAUGCAAGCAAGAAAUUGGACAACAAAAAUGAUGGGAAUCAGGUCCUGAGCAUGUCCGCGGAGGAGCUUGCAAAGAGAAAUUUGUUAAAAGGCAUAACUGCAGAUGAGAGUGCUACAGUUCAUGAUACUUGUACCUUGGGUGUAGUGGUUGUUAGACACUGUGGCUACACAGCUAUUGUAAAAGUUGCAGCUGAGGUGAACUGGGGGUCUAAUCCCAUUCCUCAGGACAUUGAAAUUGAUGACCAGGCGGAGGGAGGUGCCAAUGCAUUAAAUGUUAACAGCUUGAGAAUGCUAUUGCACAAGUCAUCAACACCUCAGUCAUCUAGCCAAGUCCAUAAAUUACACGGUGCAGAUGUCGAAGACGUUGUGGCUGCUAAGUCUUUAGUAAGCCAGGUGCUCGGUGAAAGCUUGCACAAAUUACAGGAAGAAGAAAGCAAACAACUGAAAUCUAUUAGAUGGGAGUUGGGUGCAUGUUGGGUGCAACAUUUGCAAAAUCAGGCCUCCGGGAAAGCUGAGUCAAAAAAAGCUGAAGAAGCUAAAGUAGAGCCAGCGGUAAAGGGUCUUGGGAAGCAUGGUGGCCUGCUGAAGGAUAUUAAGAAGAAAUCGGAUGACAAGAUUUCAGGAAAGGAAGUUUCUUCAAGUGACACUAACAAGAAAGAACUAGAGAAACAAGAUGAGGAAACAGAGAUUCUUUGGAAAAAGGUGCUACCUGAAGCAGCAUAUUUGCGCCUAAAGGAAUCAGAAACUGGUCUUCACCUUAAGUCACCUGAUGAGUUGAUCGAUAUGGCACAUAAAUACUACGCUGAUACUGCCCUUCCAAAACUGGUUGCUGAUUUCGGGUCGCUGGAGCUUUCACCUGUCGAUGGAAGGACACUGACAGAUUUCAUGCACACCAGGGGUUUGCAAAUGUGCUCCUUGGGGCGCGUGGUGGAACUUGCAGACAAGCUUCCUCAUGUGCAAUCUCUUUGUAUUCACGAGAUGGUCGUUAGAGCUUACAAACACAUACUGCAGGCUGUCGUGGCAGCAGUUGAUAAUAUUGCUAAUGUCGCUGCAUCAAUAGCUUCUUGUUUAAAUCUAUUGCUCGGGACGCCAUCUGCCGAAAAUGGUGAUUCAGAUGAUGAAUUGAAAUGGAAAUGGAUAGAAACUUUUCUGUCGAAGAGGUUUGGGUGGCAGUGGAAGGAUGAAAGUCGGCAGGAUCUUAGAAAAUUUGCCAUUCUUCGAGGUCUUUGCCAUAAGGUAGGACUUGAGCUUGUUCCCAAAGACUAUGAUGUGGACUCUCCAUUUCCUUUCAAGAAGUCGGAUAUCAUAAGCAUGGUCCCCGUGUACAAGCAUGUUGCGUGCUCGUCAGCGGAUGGGCGUACGCUGCUGGAAUCAUCAAAAACUUCCCUCGACAAAGGCAAACUGGAGGAUGCUGUAAACUAUGGAACUAAGGCACUCUCAAAACUCGUGUCUGUCUGUGGUCCUUACCAUCGAAUGACAGCUGGUGCAUACAGUCUCUUAGCUGUGGUACUCUACCACACCGGAGAUUUUAAUCAGGCUACUAUUUAUCAACAAAAAGCUUUGGAUAUUAAUGAAAGAGAACUUGGACUUGACCACCCAGAUACAAUGAAGAGUUAUGGAGAUUUAGCAGUUUUCUACUACCGACUUCAACACACAGAGUUGGCAUUAAAGUAUGUGAAUCGUGCCCUCUAUCUUUUGCAUCUUACUUGUGGACCUUCACAUCCAAAUACUGCUGCAACAUACAUAAACGUAGCAAUGAUGGAAGAAGGUCUCGGAAAUGUCCAUGUUGCACUUAGGUACCUUCACGAGGCUCUUAAGUGUAACCAGAGACUUCUUGGAGCGGACCACAUUCAAACUGCUGCCAGCUAUCAUGCUAUUGCAAUCGCUCUUUCUUUAAUGGAAGCAUAUUCCUUAAGUGUUCAGCAUGAACAAACUACGCUUCAGAUACUACAAGCUAAACUUGGACCUGAUGAUUUACGUACUCAGAAUUUUCUGCAGGAUGCUGCUGCAUGGCUUGAGUAUUUCGAGUCCAAAGCUCUCGAGCAGCAAGAAGCUGCACGAAAUGGUACCCCAAAGCCCGAUGCCUCUAUCUCUAGCAAAGGCCAUCUAAGUGUCUCGGACUUGUUGGAUUACAUUGCUCCAGAUGCAGAGAUGAAGGCUAGAGAAGCCCAAAAGAAGCAAGCUCGUGCAAAGGUUAAAGGCAAAGCAGGGCAAAAUGGGGGAAUAGCGACGGAUGAAUUUGAGAAGGAUGAACUUCUUUCUCCAACUACUCCGGUUGUGGAGAACUCCAGUGAUAAAGAGAACAAGUCUGAAUUAGACAACAAACAGGAACUACAGAUUGCAGACUCCACACCUAAGCAAUCUGAUCACAUUUUGGUAGAACAGACACUAGUGGAGAAAAAUGAUGACGUGAUACAAGAGGAUACGUCUGAGGAAGGAUGGCAAGAGGCUUUACCCAAAGGCCGUUCAAUGAUGGCGCGUAAGCUUUCUAGUUCUAGGAGACCUAACCUUGCAAAACUUAACACCAACUUCACGAACGCUUCCCAUUUACCAAGAGCUCGAGGUAAAGCCACUAAUUUUACAUCUCCAAGAUCGAGUCCAAAUGAAUCUACAACAUCGUCUACACCAUCUCCUGCUUCAAAGAAGUUUGUGAAAAGUGCUGGUUUCAGCCCUAAGCUAAACAGUGCUUCUUCACCAGCUGCUUCCAAUCCCAAAUCGGCACCCAUCAGCCCUUCUCCAACAGAACAAAUUGUCAAAACCAAUUCGAUUGUUAGCUCAAUCAGCGUUCAGGCAGCUGGAAAACUAUUCUCUUACAAAGAAGUUGCUUUAGCACCACCCGGUACAAUUGUAAAAGCAGUGGCAGAGCAAUUGCCAAAGGACAAUAGUUCAGAACAAAACAAGGAGACUGUGGCAACAGAUUCAACUCUGCCGACAACAGCGAGAAACAGUGAUGGAGAGCAGGCUCAGAAAGUCGGUGAAGAGAAGCAACAUAAUGAUUCUGGUGGACAAACCUAUCAAGCAGUCAAUGACCCUCAACAAAGUAAAGAAGAAGGACUUGUAUCAGCCAAAUCUUCGGAGAGUACAAAAACUGAUGCUUCUGGAGAGAAGGAAGGAGAUGUCGUCACAGCUUCAGAAGUAAAGACUACUGCUAAAAACAAAGGAGUAGACUCAGCAAAUAGCUCGGUUACGGGGAUCCAAAAUGAUGGUUCUUCCACUGAUGCAAAUGUAACUCCCAAAGUCGAUAUGCCAGAAAGCAAAGCUGAUAAAAUCCCCGACACCUCUUCUGAUUGUGAACCUGCUGCUGAUUCUGCAACAGAGAAGGAUGCUAGUCUUACAAAUGCAGGAGCUGCAAUGGAAGAGAGGAAUGAUGAUGAACCUACCGAAAAUGCUAGUACUGUGCCUACUGAAUCAGACAAGCAAGGUGAUUCUGAGACUGCAAAAGAAACAGCCAAGAAACUUUCGGCAGCUGCACCUCCAUUUAAUCCAUCUACUGUUCCAGUUUUUGGCACUAUCCCAGCAGCAGGUUUCAAGGAGCAUGGAGGAAUAUUACCCCCUCCUGUGAAUAUCCCUCCUCUGCUUACUGUGAAUCCUGUUCGUAGAUCACCACAUCAGUCAGCAACAGCAAGAGUUCCGUAUGGCCCACGCUUGUCAGGUGGCUAUGGUAGGUCUGGAAAUCGAGUUCCACGAAACAAGCCUGUUUUUCUCAAUGGUGAACAUAAUGGAGAUGCGAGUCAUUUCACUACUCUUCGAAUCAUGAACCCACAUGCAGCCGAGUUUGUCCCUGGUCAACCAUGGGUUCCAAAUGGCUUUCCGGUCGCUCCAAAUGGUUACAUGGCUUCACCAAAUGGUAUGCCCGUUUCACCAAAUGGAUAUGCCAUAUCACCAAAUAGCAUACCAGUGUCGCCAGAUGGUUCUCCAGCAUCUUUGAACGGUAUGCCAAUGACUCAAAAUGACCUUCCAGUUUCUCCGGUUGAGGCAGGAGAAUCCCCUUCAGCUGUAAUUGUGGAAGGUGCUGCUGAAAACCACGAGAUGGCAGAGGCUGAUGGGACCGACAUGGAACCCUCCAGUAGUUUGGUAACAGCCGACACAGGAAGUCAGCAGAUCACUCAGGAUCAGGAAGAAGAUGAGGAAAAACUGCAAUCUGACAUGCCUAAAGAUGAUGACAAAUCACAAUGUGAAAAUGGAGAAAAGUCUGGAGAUACAGCUGCACCAUCUGAUGAGAUUGCUGCUUCAAAAGAAACAUGCAAUUCUGUUUCCCCUGAGGAGAAAGCAACCAAGCGUUGGGGAGAUUAUAGUGAUGGUGAAAAUGAGGUUGUUGAGGUACCAAGUUGAAGAGUUACUACAUUCAUGUUAGUUUUGUCUCUUUACUUUACAGCAGACUGGGGAACCACUUAAGGACAGGAAUUGAAUUGAGAGUUACUUUCCUGCUUAGGACACACGGUGAAGUUCAAAGUCCGGUAAUGCGCUGACUUCCUGGUACAGUUUGAGUUGGUUGAAGCAAGCUUGGUGGAAAUUUUUAUUAGCUCAACCAUAGGUUGCUGCACGGAGAUUUAUAUCGAAUCCUAAAGGAACUGAGUCUUUCCAUGUAUGUGUUAAGUUCCAUUUUUCUCUUCAAUUUUGUGGGCUCGAACAGAAGAAGCAAAAGAUUUGCAACUGUUUCGAGUUUGUCAGGUGAUACACUUGAGAUGAACAAUGGUGCAUGAGAAGCAAAUCCUCUUCUAAAAUUGAGUUCAAGAUUGUUUGUUUUCUCCUCACAUGCUUUUGCAAUAACCAGGUUUGAAUGCUGAUUACUGUCCUCUAAUAAGUGAUGCUUUAUAGUUUUAGUCUAGAACUUUUUGUAUAGUAAAGACAGCUUCAUGGAUUUUGUAAUUUAUCUUACCAUCCUCCUUGAGUGCAACUCUUUGGCUUCUCGAAAUCUACUCUUAACUUGAUUUUCUGAGCU